UCAGUGAUACUCCCUGGAGAACUCAGAGCAAAGGGCAGCUGACAAACACAAAGUUAACAGCGCCAGUAUCCCAGACAGAGACAAGUGAGCCAAGUUUCAGUGCCAAAGGGGGUUGGGUCACAAGGAUGUGUGGAUGUGAAUGUGCAGGGGGCUGUUAUUACCUCCCUAUCAUGGUGUCGGGUAGCAACUUCUGCAGACAGAGGACUAAAACACAGAUGGAGAGAACCCAACUGAGGACACACUUUUUCCAGUCUCCACUCUUCAGAUGAUUUCCAUUCUUCUUUUUCGCGUACCACAUCAAUAACAUAUCUGCCAUACUUUCUUUUCCUUGACAGAUAUAUAUAUUUUUUUUUUAUCUUUUUACCUUUUUCUUUGCAUGGAUACCUACUCAGUCCUCUAUAGUUCGUCCCACAAUGCUGGACUCCUCUCUGGGUUCCAACGCUUGCGGGAUCACAGGAAGAUGUGUGAUGUUGUCCUGGAAUCAGGCGGUGUUUCCUUCCCAUGCCAUCGCACUCUAUUGGCAAGCUCCAGUGACUACUUCUGGGCCCUUUUUGGAGAGACAACUGCAGAGAGAUCAGCAGACUUCAUCAGCCUCCCAGCACUCACACCUGAGGGUUUAGAAGCCAUUUUGGAUUUCUUGUACUCAGGGUGGUUGAGCAUUUCCUCCUCCACACUUCCAGUUGUGGUUGAAGCUUCUCGCUACCUCCAGGUAGAGGCGGCCUUGUCAAUAUGUGAGCGAUUUAUGGCAGAUGGACUAACCAAUGAUAACUGCUGCUUCUAUGCUAAUCUGGCUGACCAACACUUCCUCUUGAAAGCACUUGAGGCUGCAAAUCAAACUAUUGCCAAGAAGAUGGUAGUGCUGCUACAGAGAAACAGAGCUGAACUCCUUGGGCUGAACUUUUCAUCACUGAUGGCCGUGCUAGAUGCAGAUGAUAUACCUGGGGUCAAAGAGGUGGACCUCAUUAAGCUUUGUCUUGAUUGGCUUGAUGAGAAUGGGCCUCUCCCACUCUUAAAGUCAAACCUUCUGUUGAGUCGUCUACACUUUGGACUGGUUUCACCUUCUGACCUUUCUAACCUAAGCCGCAGAAACAGAGCCAUGGCCACUCCUCUGAUUAGAGGUCAGCUGACGCGUGCACUUGAGUAUCACCAAAUGGGUUCAGCUAAGCCAAUAGGGCAGAGCAGGCAGUCCACCAUGAGAGGGUCAACAAGUCAUGUGCUUCUUGUUGGUGGUGGGACUAGCACUGAUUUGCCAGAACAGCAGGUGUUGGCAUUUGACUCCAGCAGCAAGAGGUUUACAGUGCCGGGUUUAGUUCUGCCAUUGAGACUCAGAAGUCCAUGUGUUUGUUCGGUGGGAGGUUUUCUCUUUGUAAUGGGGGGUGACAAUAUAAAAACUUGUGAUGACGACGAGAAGAAGUCAGUCGCUAUGUCAACAUCAUGCCAAGUGUGGAGGUAUGAUCCACGCUUUAGCCACUGGGAGCAGAUGGAGUCCAUGCUGGAGAGACGGAUGCAGUUUACCUGCUGCAUAGUGGAGGACGUUAUUUAUGCAAUUGGAGGACGACACUUACAGCCGGACUCUGGCAUGUAUACUUCUGUAGCAUCAGUUGAAUACUAUGACAUGGCUUCUGGAGCUUGGAGGAGAGCUGCAGCAUUGCCUUACCCUCUUCACGGCCAUGCCUCUACUGUGCUUGACAAAAGCAUUUAUGUAUCAGGGGGUCUUCCUUCCCCCCAGAGUCAAAUCCACAGCAAUAACCAGGAAGUUAAUAGAGAAAUAAGUAGAGAAUGCCUGUGCUGGGAUCUAAUUGGCAGAGUCUGGGAAAAGAGGGCAUCCAUGUCAGUUCAGAGGUUUGGUCAUAGAUUGGCAACCGCUCAUGGUCACAUUUACGCCCUGCUUGGGAUGUACGAGCCUUUUUGUGAUAUUGAACGAUACGAUCCACAGUCAAACUACUGGACCCGCCUCAAACCACUCGCAAAUGGCCUUUUCUGCUAUGGACUCCAAACCUUGGAAUGUGGUAAUCUGCUGCUAUUCGGUGGAAGAAGAUGGAGUGAUGGACAACAGGUGUCUGUAAGAAGUGUGCUGGAGUACGAUACAAAGAAAGAUCGCUGGAGAGAAAUUGCACAGCUCCCAAGACCUCUGACUGGCACUGAGUGCACCCUCCUUCGUCUGCCAGACAAUCCAAUCCUGUGCUGCUGAGCGCUUCAAGGCCAGCAAUAGAUAAAGGUCUCCAAAGAUGUCUUUCAAAUCAGUGUUUUAAUUCACACUAUUCAAAGCAGAAAAAGGUUUUUAAAAUGUUAUUUAUUUUUUUAAUGAGCAAAUACUUUCUCUUCCUAUAUUGCGUUUAGCUUUCUUCUAUUAAAUAAAGUCGGUGGUAUUGCAUUGGAAGUCCAUGCCAAACUAAACUAUCACAUAAUUCUGUGAAUAAUAUAACAAUCACUGCAUAUGAUUAAAUAUUUAGCUGAGCUAAAUAUAAAAAGUAGCUCCAAUGCUUAUAUCUUACAAUGAAACACCUAUUCUUUUAAAACCAAACAAAUUCACUUUUGUGGAAAUGAAAGAAUUACAAAGUUUUGUUGAUGCAAUGAUUUGUAGAGCCUUCAAAUGUAUAUUUGAUAUUAAAGAUUUCUGAUGUUCUUGUUUUUUUUUUUUCACCUCACAUUUAAAUCGAUUCUGCAGGCAUUUACUGCAAAAAAAAAAAAAAACCCAGUGAAUUAAUACAACGUUUUGAGCUUUUGGAUAUAUUUCAGAACAGAAAAAACCAAUACAUUGUUCUUUUAGGAAAAGGCAAUUGUACCAUUGUUAAGUAUAAAUAUGUUUUGUUUAGUUUUAUGCAUCAAAUUCUGGCUUGAUUUGUAUCAGAUGAUCAUUUUGUUUUUUUCUCCAGCUAUCCAGAAUUGGACUUAUGGUAUGCGUUAGAUCAAAGUUUUGCUGCAUCACCCAAGAAAGCUUAUUAUACUUCAGGUUUUCAGGCAGGUUCUGUUUAAUGGCUUCUUGAAUAUAUGGUUUAGGAAAAAUAUUGUGUUGGUUUAAACAUGGUUUAUUUAAGUGAAUUAUAAUGUCCUCAAAGAAAGCUAAAGAGGUUUUAGAUUUUUUUUAAAAGGCAAUCAAAUAAUUAUUUACCACUAAUAGUGAAAUAUGAAAAAUAAUGUCACAUUAUUUAUUUUAUACGUGACAAAAGGCAUUGAAAGAUAUAAUUUUCUGAUUUGCAGAAAUUGAUAUUUAACCUAGUCGAAAUCAUAAAAAAUGAUUUUAAAAAAUAGUAUUUUGACUUAUUCUUUAAAAAGAUGCCAGUACCACCCCAAGUCGGUCUAUGGAUUUCAGCAUACCAUGUUUGGAAUUUUUGCGGUUGUAAAACUGUGGAUUUUAUUACUAACGUUUAAAGGUUUGAAACACAAUAUCCACUAAAUGUUGGUUUUAUUGUAUCUGAGUUAUAUGGCAUUAAUCAGUGAAAUGAUGACAGUCAUUCUAAUCAACAGGUUAGAAUAUUUUCUCUCCAUCAAAAUAUUUUCCACAGACUCUCUCUUGUUCAGGAAGGAAAUACAAGUAAUCACAUUAUUAAUUAAAACAAGCUUCUAAUCCAAAUGACUAAAACUUUAUUGAUUCAGUCUCAUCUUCCAACGAAACACAAAGAAUGAACACAUAAAUAAAUACUGUCUUUAAACUAUAAUUUAUAGAUUGAACACUAAACAUUCUUUACACAAUGAUAGUUUACAAAAGGAAACCCUGAUACAAUUAAAGAUACUCUUCAAGACAAUUCACACUCUAUAAAUAGAGAUCUACUUUAUCUAUAGAUUUUAAACACAAAACAUGAAAUGAAUAUUGUUUUGAUCUACAGCAAAAACAUGCUACUACAACCAACCACGGGCAGCAGCAUAAAAGGAGCAUACAGACAGUGUUCGUCAGUGCAAGUAAUUAUUGUAUAUUUAGGAUUGCUUUCAAAGUUUGUGUUAAUGUUUGAGAUACAUUAUUACAUCUUCUGGCAGCAGCAUAGAAAUAGAAUAAUAUCUUAAAUAGAUCAAGGUAUAAUUUCCUAUGCAAAUAUUCUUCAUAUGCUCAAUGUGACACGCCUGUAAUAAAGCUAAAUCAUCUGUGAGGAAAAAUCCACCCCUGGAGAAUUUUAUACUUUUUAAUAAGUAAUCAUAGGGAAUUAUUUAAUUAUAAU